CAUCCGUAUGUCCAGUUUAGAUGUGGGAAAUAAGAAAUCUGUGCCGCUAGCUUACAGCUGCUGUAACGGCCGACAAAGACGCGCCGUCCCCGGCUACAGGCUUACGGAACAGUCGGUAGAUUUGAGGACUUCAGUAAGAGUCACUUUCAGCGACAACCACCGGGAGGUUUUCUGGAUGUCUCCCGACCAUAAUGUCUUCGUCUAAAUAGCUGAGGUGGAGGUCUAGGAUGGCGGCAGACGUGGAUAAAACGCCGUCUGAGGACAAGAGCAAAGACUCGGCGGAGAAUGGGCAGCAGAGUCCGGCUUCUGGAUCCUGGAUCGCCAAGGCGGUGUGGACUCUGCUUGUAGUUGGAGCUGUCCCUGUUUUCGCCUUUGGCAUCAAGUAUUACCAAGACAGCCAGCUCCUCAGACGGCAUGAAGAGAGCGUCCGAACCCUUGGCGCCGAGGGGCUUUUCCUCUUCUCCUCCUUAGACACCGAUCACGACCUCUAUCUCAGUCCGGAGGAGUUCAAACCCAUCGCAGAGAGGCUCACAGGGAUUACACCCCCUGCAGAUUAUGAGGAGGAAGUGAUCCAUGACCCCAAUGGGGAGACUUUAACCCUGGAGGCAAGAAUGCAGCCCCUGCAGCUCGACUCCAUGACGAAAAGCAAGGAUGGUUUUCUGGGGGUGUCUCACAGCUCUCUCAGCGGUCUCCGCUCGUGGAAGAGCCCAGCAGUGCCUUCGUCCUCCUUCUCUGCCAGCCAGUUCAGAGCUUUCCUGCCCCCAAAGAACAAGGUGGAAGUCGGAGACACGUGGUGGGUCAUUCCCAGCGAGCUGAACAUCUUCACCGGCUACCUGCCCAACAACCGCUACCACCCUCCUCCACCUAAAGGCAAAGAGGUUCUCAUCCACUCCUUGUUGAGUAUGUUCCACCCUCGGCCCUUCAUCAAGUCACGUUUCGCUCCUCAGGGCGCCGUCGCCUGUAUUCGUGCCAGCAACGACUUUUAUUAUGACAUCGUCUUCAGGAUUCAUGCAGAGUUUCAGCUCAACGAUGUCCCAGACUUUCCCUUCUGGUUCACCCCAGGCCAGUUCACCGGAAACAUCGUUCUGUCUAAGGAUGCGUCUCAUGUGCGCAGCUUUCACCUCUACGUCCCCAAUGACAGGUCUCUGAAUGUGGACAUGGAGUGGCUGUACGGGGCCAGUGAGAGCAGCAACAUGGAGGUGGAUAUUGGAUACUUGCCUCAGUUAGAGCUGCAGUCCACAGGCCCGUCCACUCCCUCAGUCAUCAUGGACGAGCAGGGCAACAUCAUUGACAGCAGAGACGGCAGCAGCGAGCCGAUCCAGUUCGUCUUUGAGGACAUCCACUGGAGCAAAGAGAUCAGUCGGCAUGAAGCCGCUCGGCGCCUGGACGUCACCCUUUACCCCUUCAAGAAGGUGUCCUACCUGCCGUUCUCAGAGGCCUUUGAGCAAGCUGAAGCAGAGAAGAAACUGGUGCAUUCUAUUCUGCUUUGGGGGGCGUUAGACGACCAAUCCUGCUGAGGUUCGGGGCGAACUCUCCGGGAGACAGUCCUGGAAAGUUCGCCCGUCCUGGCCUUGCUCAACCAGAGCUUCAUCAGCAGCUGGUCUCUAGUCAAAGAGCUGGAGAACAUGCAGGCCGAUGAGGAGAACCGAGCGUUGAGUGAAAAGGCCAAACUACACCUGGAGAAGUACAGCUUCCCUGUGGAGAUGAUGGUGGCACUGCCAAAUGGAACCAUCGUCCACCACAUCAAUGCCAACUUCUUCUUAGAUCAGACGGCCAUGAAACCAGAGGAGGACGGAGCAACUUUCAGCUUCUCUGGCGGCUUCGAAGAUCCCUCCACGUCCACUUACAUCAGCUUCCUCAAAGAGGGGCUGGAGAGAGCCAAGGAGUACCUGGCAGAGUAGUAUGAGUGCAGGAAAUGUUGAUCAUUCCUCUGGUUAUGAUCUGAGAUAAGGAAACUCCCACAACAAUUAUGUGGGAAACUUUCUCAUUAGUGUUGGCAGCUGAAAAAACUAUUUUGCCUUCUAUCUUGUUUGUUACUAUUUAUUGGGGCGUCUCUCUUUGUCAGAACUUUUUCUACAGUAUUUGUACUAUAAAAACUGUCCAGUGAAUAUUUAAACCCACUGUUACUGUCAGUGUAGAUCCGUCUCUGCUUGAAUAGUGUUUAAAAUGUAGGCGCUGCAGCGUUUUAGACAAACGUGCGUCACUGACACCAUCCACAUUUCUGUUUUAUAUUCUCUCGUCUUGUUGCAUGUGCAAUAUUUAUCACCAGAGUGAGUUUUCGUGCUGCUGAUUGUACCCAGACACAGAGAAGGACUGUUGUUGCCUCCAGUUGUUGUUUCAGCAGUUUGUGAAGACUGUGCCUGAAAGCUCUCACUGGGCCGGGCGAUGUCUGAUGUUAUUGCAGACGCUGCUGGAGGAAACACCCCUCGUCUGACUCAGGGGGCAAAAGCAGAACUAAAAACCAGAGCAGACUUUGGCACAUUUAAGAAAUAAUUCAGCUGGUUUUUCUUUUUCUGUGAGUUUGAAACCAAAUGUUGAAUAUUUUGCAGAUUGUUUGUUAUCUUACCACUAUGGACGCACAUUCCUGCCAGUAAAAUCAGAAAAAUAUUCAAACCAAGCAUGAUGAUUUAAAUAUGCUUAUAAUAAAUUAAAAUUAGGAGUGAAGGGUCAAAAUAAUUGGAUAAAAAGUUUAAGUUUUGAGAUACCAACUAUCUGCUUUUUGCAAAGGCUGUGGUUCUCUGCCUGAAAACGAUGGAUUGCUCCCUCUGAGUGGAGAGUGAGUCUCUGCCUCGGAUGAAGGAGUUCAGAUUGGUGCAGCAUCAGCAGUUCUGCAGGUGUCGUGGUGAAGAGGGAGCUGAGCCCGAAGGCAAAGCUAUUGAUUUUCCAGUCUAUGCUCUAACCCUCACCUAUAGUCGUGAACUCUUGGUAAUGACUGAAAGAAUGAGAUCGCUGAUACAAGCGGAAGAAAUUAUUUUUUUUAGGAGGGUGUCUGGGCUCAGCCUUAGAGACAGGGUGAGGAGUUCAGACAUCCAGAAAGAGACAGGAGUAGAGCUGCUGCUUCACUCGAGGUGGUUUGGGCAUCUCAUCAGGAUGCCUCCUGGACGCCCUCUUUGGAGGUCUUGAGGAAACCUUGGGGUAGACCCAGAAUGCGCUGGAAGGAUUAUGUAUCCUGUCUGGUCUGGGGACGCAUCAGGAUGCCUCAGGAGGAGUCGAAAAAUGUUGCUGGGGAAAGGGAUGUCUGGGUUGACUGGAUCAGCCUGCUGCCACUGCAACCCAGCCCAUGAAAAGCAGAAGAUAGAUAGAGGGAGGGAUGAAUAUAAACUAAAAAAAUUAAGUGAUAAAAAAAAGUCAUUAUUAUCAGACUGACUAAAAUUACGAGAUAAAGUCAAAAUUAUGACAUAAAAAGGCAAAAGUAAUGUAAUAAAAGGUAAAAGUAUCACUAAAAGACAACAUUACCAGAUGAAAAGAUGAAAUUAUGAAGAAAAUUGUAAAAAAAAAUUUGAUAUAAAAAGUCAGUAUUAUCAGUUAAAAAUAUGACAGUAAGUCUAAAUCAUGAUAUAAAAAGUCAAAAGAAUGAGGAAAAAAGUCAAUCUUUGUUCUGAAAUUGAGGCUAAACAAACAGACUGCAAAUCAGAUUGAAAAACAGUAACAAGUCUCCCUCAUGAGAAAUAAGUCAGCUGUACAAGCAAGAAAAUUCUUAAUGACCUAUAAAAUGUUUGAUUGAAACUUUAAUAAAAUGUGACCUAAUAUUAUAGAUAAUUUAUUUAAUAAUUAUGGCUCUCCUAUUUUAGAUUUUUUUUCCCUUUAACUUGUGAUUUCCACUCCUCAUCUUAAAAUUUACCAUCUCAGAACAGAAUUUUUUUAAUCUCUAUGACUUACCAGGACUGUUUUUAUCAUCAGUGUUCAGUUUUCAUAUUUUGAAUUUUUACUGGCAGAAAUAGACGACCACUCCUCACCAAAGAACUUUGUAAUACUCGCUGGUGUGUCGCUGAAACAGCCAGUCGGCUUCUCACCACCUGGUUUUAUUUAUCGCUCUCAAAGAACCAAAAGGUUGGAUGUUCCAGGAAUGUUUUCCAGGCACUGUGUACUGUUGCUCUCUUUUAGUCUCAGUAUAAACUCUGUAUUCUCUGACUGAAUGUUUUUAGAAAAAUAAUGAACUCAGCUCAGCUGUAGCUACUUUUUCUCUAAAGUUUUCUGUUCCACAAAAAGACAUUUAAGAUCUGCGGGUUGUUUCUGUUCUUUAGUGUUAUUUGGAAGCACACGAUCAUCAAAUACACUGCUUUUAAAAUGUAGAGAUUGGAAAUUAUAGAAGCCCAGAGAGGCCAAAAGAAAAAAAAAACUCUUGUCUAAAUAGGUAAAAAAAAAAAAAAUCAACAAAAAAAGAAAUAUUUAAACGUGUCGCCUACAUUUCUGUGAAAAUACUUGGAAAAUUUCUAAGCAAAUUCCACAAAAUUUCCAGAUAGCAAAUUUUCCCAACUUUGCAAGCAAAUAAUUUAAACGUUGGUGGACAUUCUGGACAAUUGUGUCAAAAAUUUAAAUUGCAAUAAUGAUUUCUUUUUGUAGGAAAGCUCAAAUGUCCUCAUAUGUGCAUGCAGGGUCUUAAGAGUCUAAACUGCAAAAGUUUUUUCUUCACAGGUUCUACGCUAAAAGACUAUUAGAAUAUCCUUGAAUUUUUUUUUUACACAUUUCACCUUUAAAAAUACCCAACAACCUACAUUUUCUACCUGUUAAUGUUAUUCAAGUUGGAAACUGUUAUUGCAGGUUUCUCUUGCCUCUCUGGGCUUCCAUAGAUUAAAUGACAAUAAUGAAUGUGAUUUCAGGCAUGUUAACAAUCAGAUUGUUUCAGAUCAGACCACACUGUUAUUCUGUAACCUGAGUGCCAUUUUUUCCAAAAACAUGAAAUAAAAAUGUGUUUUUUAAA